CUUGUUCUGAUAUCUUGCUUUCAGUUUGCACUGUACUCUCCAGACUAUUCUGUCCUUGUUCAUGUGUCAACUUUGCUACUUGUCUUGAAUUUUCUCCUCUUCAGGUUUCAGGCGAGGAAGCCCACCGGCUGCAUCGCUUGAGGAGAUCAACGUCAACGAAUCUUGUCGGUUUCCAUCUCUCCGAGUCAGCCUCAGAACCAAGCAAGUUGGAUCUGCGGUAACAAACAUUGAUUCUGGGAAAUGUACUGAGCCUUCAGAACGAGCUGACAUUUGUUUAUGGUUUCUGAAGCUAUCAUCACCCCAUGCUUUCCAUGUUGCUGUCUAAACCUUACCAGAGUCACCACAUUCCCUUACGUAAGGUGCUCAGAAGAAUCAUUCCAUGAUACCGUAGUAUGCUGCUAUAAAUGCGGGCAGCUCAUAAGGUCUUUACCAUCCCAUUCCAGUCUUGAAGCUGCAUGAAGUGAGAGUACUGUUCCAGUUCAUCAUCUUCUCUCAAUAACUCGUCUGCGAUUCUGCUAUAUUACGAACAGGAAGGUUAAGAAACAUGGCGAAGUUAACUACGGAGAACAUGCAGGGGAUCCCACAACCCUACACUCCUUUCAAGCUGAUGAAUGCAGAUUUGAAGAAGUUCCUUGCAGUGAAGAGUGAGUACCCGGAAGCUCCAAUUGUGGAAGACACAGACAUCAACACUCUUGAAGUAUACUGGUACCUCGUGUCAUCCGAGAAGCGAGAGGCGUCUUACAACAUAAUCAACAUGAAAACCGGGCUGGCGCUGACAGCAAAAAAUUCGACUUCAGUCAAGACUGAAGUAUACAUGCAAACCUUGGAGGAGUUCGAUGAGAAUCAGCUCUGGGUUUUUAUCCCCGCGUCGUUCUUUUCAUUCGGGUUCUACCGUGUCCAGAAUUACAGUGCCAGAGUCGAGCUGACGACAAAAGCGGUGGAAAAUGGGAACUCUGUCACCACCUUCGUUCUUGGUGAUGGACCUGAGAUAUUCGAACUGCAGUGGCGAUUCAAAUUCAGCGUGGGCGACAGGCAGGGGAUUCCUCCUCCUUCCACGCCUUUCAGGCUCAUGAACUAUGAACAUCAAAGAUUCGUCUUCGGCGAAGACAAAGUUGUGUUCCUAAGAGACGCGCUCAACAACCUCUUAGAACAGCAGUUUAGACUCGUGGCACCACCAUUCUUGAGUAAAUUGCGCCAAACCUACAUGAUCCAGAACCUGCAGACGAAAGGGUUUGUGACGGACGAUGGCGCAGCGGAUGGUAAAUUGAAGACAUUGCAAUUGGCCGAGAAGGAUGUGGAGGAUGAGAGACAGUACUGGAUCAUCGUUCCUUCUAAGGAGUUCGCUGGUGGUUUUCGGCUACGAAAUGUUAAAACCCAAGGUUAUCUCCUGAACGGCCCCACGCACCUUGGCAACCAACUCAGCACCCUGGGCAGCAUUAAGGAAUGGCCCGAUCAGGUCUGGAUCUUCUCGCUAGUACUUCCUGCUCUCGAGUAGCAGUCACUGGUCUGAUUCUUCAGCUCGAGACUGACCGACGGAGCUGCCGCAACAACACUAAUGUGAACUGGAAGCCGUGGCGGCCUGUGUAUAUCCUUAAUGUCCUUACCGUGCUCAAUAUUAAAGCCGUGCAAAGUGCUCGAGAUUUGCGCUGCUGGGCUCUCGGUUGAGUGAGGUAAUUGUUUUUAUUUGUUUGUACGACUUUAAUACUCUACCUUCUGCUCGUUUCAGCUUUGUGCUCUUCAUCCUCGUACCCUCGCCGAUCAUGUUGGUCCUCUCCAUGGAUCCACAAUGUUAGCCAGCGUUGUGCGCUAGGAUGCUAAAUGGUACGAUCUGGCCAUUAUCAAUAACUCUCCAUGUUCAUAGUGCUGGAAGUAACUACGUAGUCGGAACAGCCUGCCUCGAGUUGUGAAGCAGAAUUCCUUCACCAGCGUUUGAAUCUUAAAGUCCGGAUUGACUCUUACAAUCGCACACUCUUCCUGAUUAUGGAGCAUGUCAUGAGUC